CGGUCGUUUUAUUAUUUUUAUUUUUUUUUAAAUUCAAAAUGAGCCGUUACAAAUCCGAGUCGCGUGCGUCUUCGUCCGUUCGUUCGUACGUUUGUUCGCGGGAGAGUUUGUCAACAAAUGUGCGGGGCAGCUUGAGGCAUGCCCGGGCAGAGACGACACAACCUGGUGCUGGGAGUUUACCGCUGAGGCGUCGGAUGGAUGAUGAGGAGGAGGACAUGUCACGGCCCAUCUCACAGCUCUGGGGAACGCCCUUUAGGGACGUCAAAUACGAAGACCGAACCACACAGAUCGCGGCCGGACAGGCCCUUGCUGCCGUCACUGCUGCCGUGCCCACGUCGCAGAGCCACAACAACAACAGCAUCGCCAUCAACACGCUGCCCUGCAGCUUGUUCCGGCAGCCUCGCAUACCCUUUCACGGCAACGCUGGAUUACGCUCACAUUUCCCCGCUCAGUUUGAGCCCAUGGAAGACCGGGGAGAGAGGCAGAUUGAAGAGGAGGAGGAGGAAGAGGGCAGAGGGGAGGAAGGUGACGGGAUGGCAGAGGAGCCGGAGGAGCAGGCGGGGGUGAGCGUGGAGGCGCAAAUUGGUCGUAAACUUCGGGAGAUCGGAGACAAGUUCCAACAGGAUCACGUUGAACUGUUCAUGAGGCAUCAGAGACAAAACCUGCCUGCCUGGAUGCGCCUUACGAUGGCAGUGUUUGGCUUUCUGUUUCCAAGAGAGGCUCUCUUCCCUCGUCUGAGAGGAGAGCAGAGAUGAAGAGAGACUUCCUGGCUGGUCCUUGCCUCAGCCCUUGUUUCCCCCUCGCCCUCCCACGGGGACAAGGCACCAGACUUUUAAGAGAUGGCACUGUAAGAUGGAACACGGGUUUGGAUUUCGUUUUCUCAUUGAAUAUGAAGAUGAGAUGAAGAAAACACUGGUCACCGCUGGACGGAGACUGAUUACAAUUUUUUUUUUUUUUUUUGGUUUGUUUGUUUUGUUUUUUUUGUUUUUCAUCUUUCCGAGAAGGAGCCAUUGUGUUUGAAGAGAUAUUUUCGAAAUAUUUGUAAGAUUACCUAUUUUGUACAGUAAACUGCUCUUUUUAUUUGGUAUUUCAAGUCUUGAAGGACCUCCAUCAGUCCAGGGAAUGCCUUAUUCUCUCCAGGCCACAGUACAGCUCCUUUGCAUCAAGGAAAUCAUAACAAAGAGAUACAUUUUAAGAUUAGGCCACAUUGUUGGCGACAAACUGUGGACGUGGACAUUUCUGUGCUGAAGUUACUGACUUAAAACCUUAAGGACUCGAGGCACAUUUCUAAUUUAUUCUCAGAAAUACAAUAAGCCCUGUUCUUAUCCUUUACUGUUCCACACUGGCUGAAAAGUUGAAAAUGGUUGUCAUGACGGUGUCACACACUGGUGUUGCACUAUUGGUCAGUUUAAUGCGUGUUUUACCAGCUUCCACUGUAGACGUAGGGACAUUAUAUCAACCUGUGUCAUCCAUCAGCAUCCCCAUCUCCAGUACCACUCAAUGUUGGCCUAACAACCCCACUGUGUAGAUUCAGAUCCUGUUGAUUUAAAUGAUAAACGCAUACUUGAAUUUAGGUGUACUGAAGAUAUUUUAGUCGAGUAAACAUCGUGAUUGCGCUUUUCAAUCUGUGAUCAUGUGUAUGUAGGAGUGUGUGCUUACUGUUUCCGAGAUCCGCAGUCGUUUUGAAGCCAAAUAAGCACAAACAAAGUCUAAACUAAUCUCCUUCGUGGGAUUACGAUCAGGGAACUGGAAAACAAUCAGACGCCUGAAAAUCUUGGGGUAGAGUUCAUCAUUUUCUCAAGCUUUUCAGGAUUUCUUUCUCUGGCUGGAUUGACAAUCGCGACUUUGCCCUUUGCUGCAUUGUGGGUCGCCUGCGAGAGAGAUCAUCAUUUUUAAGGGGGGGGUGAGCAAUAUCCAAGCCAGUGGAAGGAAGAAAAAUCUUAGGGAUCUGUUGCAUUUGCAAUCAAACUGACAUCCAUAGAAGAACAUUUCCCAGAAAAUGGCUGUGUUCUCAAUGAAAUACAAAUGUCUUUGUUACAGAGACGUUUUGGGUUAAAGUUACAGAGAUGCAUUUUUAUUUUAUUUCACUCCAGGUCUAAAUCUAAAAUGUCUCGAGCACUGAUUCAAUCCUGAAGCUCAAACCUUUCAUUCAAGUGCUUUCUUUCACCAAACUGCUGGUGGUACAUCGAGCUUCUCCGAGAACUUUGUAAGAACAGCUUCUGUACAGUUAAGACAAAACAAAACAAAUACUUUAAUGAAAUCACGCGGACACAUUUGGGUCCAGGGGAAAGUUUAUACAUCCCCGUGCGACAACUGCUACGUUGGCAUUUUGCAACGACACAGCCACUGUUUCUCAAUGUUUAUCAAGGAAGAAGUCUGUAAGGACUUUAAGAUGUUAAAAAUUCCUCAUUUGAUGUAUUAUUUCAGUCUGUUGUAGACUCAUGAUAUGAACUUUUGAAGACACUGAUGGGUUUUUUUUCUCCUUUACGUUUUCUUCAGGGAGUAGUUAACAACCGUUUGAAUCAUCUGACGCUUGUUAUGGGUUUUAAAACUUUGCCUUUGCGCGAGGACUCCAUACAUCAGUGCUGUUAUUCUUUGACUGAUGUCGUAGACGACGCCAAACAAGCAAAGACAUUUCAUAUUCUUUAUGUUUUUCCAAAUCGUUAUCACUCGACAUCAACAUGGAAGUGUGUUACAGAGGUGUUUUUUUUUGUUGUUGUUGUUUUUUUUCCUGUAACGACAUACGAGACGCUGAACCAAAAGUUUGUUUCCUGCAAACAUUGAACGCUGAGCCAAUUCAGAUAAUUGUGACACACUCUCUGGUCUUCAGUCCAAAGUAUCAUCCUCUGAUCGACAUGUUUAACUACUCCCUGUCCUUAUUGAGAACAAGUUAUUUUUUUCGUUUGUUUUCUUUUCUUUUAGAUAAUUUAUUCUAAUUUAUUUUGUGUAUAUUUGCUCAGUGCUACUGUAUAGAUGCUAUCUUAGUGUGUACAGUCCUUUUUCUUCUCAUUGUUGACGUGCAUUCAGUUGUGUGUGUUUGAUGCCUGUGUGUGUGGGGAGGUUGGACUAAAGCCAUGUGCCUCGUGCAUUCUCACACGAGUAGUGUGAGUCUUUACAAAUCACGUGAACAAACAACAGACAAUCAAAUGUACAAAACGUGCCUUGUGAGUAACAGACCUGCCGCAUCACCAUCAUCAACACUCGGCAUAAUUUAAAAAAAAAAAAAAAAAAAAAUCACCCCCGGAA